AUGUUCCAUUGGCACGUUUCUGGUGUUGCGGUGUUGGUUGUGGUACUGAUGGUGCCUCGUGUGGCGCCGGGUCCUCUUGAGCGCCACCGUCUGCCAGUACCGGCCGAUGAGUUGGGCGACAACUUCGAGGGUGACAUUUUGCUUACGGAAGAGCAGUCAGUUCAGCUGCGGAAGCGAACGGGCAUGUACCUGCCGACGUUCCUCUGGCCCGACCGAACCGUACCGUACGAGAUAGUGACCAGUGAUUUCUCGCCCGACCACAGAUCCGCUAUUGAGGCUGCGAUGCGUACGAUAGAGGCUUUCACCUGCAUCCGGUUCGUGCCAGCGACGGCCUCGACGGUGGACUUCGUGCGCAUCAGAGCUGGCCAGGGAUGUUCUUCGUUCGUCGGGCGCAUCCGGGGCGCUCAACAGCUCACACUGCAGACGGAUCCGGUCGGAAGUGGUUGCUUCAGGCACGGAACCAUCGUCCACGAGUUGAUCCACGCACUGGGCUUCUAUCAUAUGCAGAGUGCCACCGAUCGGGACGACUGGGUCAGCAUCCAGUGGGAGAAUAUCGAGCCAGGUCGGGAAGGUAACUUCCAGUCGUACGGCACCGAUCGUAUCCUCAGCUAUGGCGUCGAGUACGAUUAUGGCAGCAUCAUGCACUACGACGAACGGGCGUUCAGCACCAACGGACUGCCGACGAUUGUUCCACGUGCAAACGGGGUGGUGAUUGGGCAGCGGGUAGCGAUGAGUUCGGGCGAUAUUCAACGCAUCUUGAAUAUGUAUCAGUGCUGA